AUGCCCACAACCCUCAAUACAUCCGUGGCACCAAACCCAAUUGCGGUGCUGCCAGAGGAGAGAAAGGGACGCCUGAGACUCGCAUCCCUGGCCACGAACACGGCCACGACCAAGACCACGACCACGACCACGACCACCGUCUCUCGCUCGCUACUCGUGACGACUGCUCAAUCUGACGCUAUUGAGGACAACUCAACGGGUCAGAGAUACCUCUCCCCCCACCCGCCGUCGUGGCGCGCGAAACCAGCCAUGGACUACACUGCAUGCAAUCUGGUCUACGUUGAUCGCACAGCGAGGGAAGACAAGCUGGUGAGCAGAGAAGAAGUGACAGUGGCAGCGUCAACAGAUGGGGAAAUCAAUUCGGAUGUCGAUGGUUAUGCGCUUGUCCGGCCGUCUGGCGCUCUAGAUCACAAUUUACAAACACUACUUGGUUUCUUCAAUGAAGUCCAUGUCUGCAACUCGGCCAAGUCCUGUAUAUCCAAACUCUCGGAAUUGAACCAAUCCUCCAUCGUCGAUUUGAUUCCCACGCUCGUCUUAAUCGAUAUUCCAUAUGAAGACCAGCUCGCUCGGAGACCCUCGAGGGAGAAACGAACACCAUCGCCUUGCUCGAAACAACAGGUCGAUGGACUACACGAGGAUCCGAUAGAUCGCGAGGCCUACGGCUUGGAUCUCUUGCAGUGGAUAGCGUCCGAGAUACAGUACCAGAGCCUGUCAAGGCUUGUCGUGCCGGUAGCAGUCGUGUCCAUUCCUGAGCAGAAUGCCUCGGUCACAUCGCGGGGAAGAACAGACUCAAGAUCGGAAGCAGAAGGGCAACUGGGCUACACAUCUUUCCCUGCAAAGAAACGAGGUGGAUUUGGUACCCCGCUCGAUCAAACCAGGACCAUCAGGUAUAUGGAUCUGGGCGCCGUGGAUGUCUUGACGAGUCCUCUGCUGACGGAUCGAUUGUCGAGUCUGGCAAUCCACGCAUACCGGGCACAUAAGGAUGCUCUAAAGGAACAUAGGGCAUUACUGGAAAUGAAGCGAGGAAGGAAACGCUCGUGGGUUGGGGUGGAUGAUCAGAAGCCCUAUGCCUAUCUACGUGAAGCCAUGGUAUCGGGACUGAUGGACGGGAUCUGCAAGCUUGGGGGGGACGAUGAACCUUUUGCCGCGAUGAGGAUUUCGAUCGCUUUUAAGCGUCGCGAGAUGGUAGCAGCUGCAGUCGGGUCGUGGCAUUUUUCCGCCCACGAUUUCACCGACGACGAGCUUCUCCAUGCAGCUUUGCUGAUGCUGCAGCAUACACUUGCCAUGCCGGAAUUGGAAAAGUGGCGGCUGUCCACCGAAAAUCUUACAGGCUUUCUGGUGGCCAGUCGGUCCGCAUACAAUGCCUUUGUGCCAUAUCACAAUUUCCGCCACGUCGUCGACGUCCUACAGGCGUGCUUCCACUUUCUUGUCCGACUCGGCCGCUUACCACCGUAUCCAGCUUCGAGCGACUCGCCAGCACCUGACCUCUCCCCAAUCGCCGCUCUCAUACGCCCCUUCGACGCUCUUACGCUUCUCAUCACCGCCAUCGGCCAUGACGUGGGUCAUCCUGGUGUCAAUAACGCGUUCCUCGUUACGCUUAACGCCCCACUUGCUCAGCUCUACAACGAUCGCUCGGUUCUGGAAUCCUUCCACUGCGCGGCUUACUCUCAAAUCCUCCGGAGACAUUGGCCAACGGCUUUCCAAGGGGCGGAGAUGAGGCAACUGAUGAUUAGUUCGAUUCUUGCGACCGACAUGGGUCUCCAUUUCGAUUACAUGAAGAGAUUAGGCUUCUUGCAGGAAAAGUUACAUGAGAAUGGGGGUACUGAUGGUUGGAAUGGCAGGUUGCUUGAAGAGCAAAGAACACUGGCUUGUUCCUUGUUGAUCAAAUGCGCCGAUAUCAGUAACGUGGCACGAAAAUACGACGUGGCGGCUCAAUGGACGAUGAUACUAACGGAUGAAUUUUCCCGCCAGGCCGCGAUGGAGAGUGACCUCGGGAUACCUUCAGCACUUUUUGCGGCGCCCGUGCGCGAGAUCAUCGAACUUGGGAAGUCCCAGAUUGGGUUCAUGAACAUGUUCGCCAUACCUCUUUUCCAAGGAGUCACGGAUGUAAUGCCGGCAAUGGCGUUCUGUGUAGAAGAGCUCCAGCGGAAUAAGAGUGGCUGGGAAGGGAAAAUCGCAGAGGAGCAAGAAAGGGUGAGAAAGAAUAGUGACGACUCGGCUUGGAAGGAUGGCAGGUGGUCCCCGCGUUCAAUGAGUCCGGCCAAGCCCUCUGAUGCCAGCCAGCAGAGGUCAGGUAAUUCCAUGCUGUCGCCUGACAUGGAUCUGAGGAAGUCUCUGCUUAGGAAGGGCUCUUUUACAACGAACGCUGUUGCAAAAGAUUCAGAAACGCGCCACUCUUCAAUCCCGGAGAUUUCAAUUUCAUCUUUGGCCGGGGACUCGACGGAUCCAUCCUCAACAACAGAAGCCGACUCGGAUUCUGGCACCCUGCGGUCUUCAAAACCUCAACUGCAGCUCAGCUUCGGAUCAUCAGCCAGCGAACCAGAGCUACUUGACGAGUCGGGUGCUGACUCAUCACUUGCUGUAAAUGGAGAGCCACAAGAAAGAAACGGGAUCGUAAAACCCAUUCUCGAGACCGGUGCCGAAGUUGUCGAUGCCCCCACGCCCUGCGAGCCUAGACCCAAAGAGUCGGAAAAGCAACGGGGUAGCGAUGGCACGGGAAGUAGCAACUCGAAUGCUGGUGACUGGACCAGCCAGGUAACCAGCGCCACGACUGGCAAGAUGCCCCUAAGCCCGUCGACACAAGGAACAAGCAUCAUGUCCGACUCUGAAUCCAUCUCCAAACGUGACGACAUGAGCUCGUCGAACAGCCAAAUUAUCACCCCGACAGACACACCAAAGAGAGGCUGCGGUCGUCCAUUAAGCAAAGACUCUACGAGGAAGGGGAGCAAGAGCGAGGAUGGGGAGGCGAACGAGAAUAAGCUUGUGGGGACGGUGAUGGAAAAGGAAAGGUUUAGCAAGUUGAGGAAGAAGCCGAGUCGAUUUAGGAUGAGCUUUUGGAAGAGGAAUAAGAGUGCCAGUCCGCCUGUUCCGGCUGGUGGCAAAAUUGUGGGUGGAGGGGGUGAGGAGGGCGUAAAAGUCGGGCAAUGA